GAACCAAAGCCACCGCUUCUCGCCGUGUCAAAUGCUACUGCCAAUUCAAACUCAAACCCAAGGAACCUAAAAUGGAUUCUCCAAGCAGAAUCGGUGACCGGUCAACCAGUGAUGUUGUUGUCAGGCUACGAACACAAGAAGGGCGUGACGAGUGGAUAUAUUGUCACUCCUUUAUCCUUGUAGAGAAGAGCAAAUAUUUUGCGGAUCGCCUUUCUGAUAAUUGGCCAACAUGUCAGAUCCUUGACUCACGCAACUGUGUUGAGGUGUACUGCCAGGAGUUGGACUUUGAUCACCAUGUCAAUGUUCUACGCCUUUUCUAUGUUCUAGAUGGUUCGUUUGAUGAUUUGUGGAAUGGUGUAAAAAAUGCCCUUGGCAUUCUUCAAGUUGGCAUUCAACUUGGUUGCCCACAAAUUGUAACUGCUUGUGUGAACUACUUGGAAGCCGUCCCUUGGGAAGAGUCGGAGGAGGAGGAGAUUUUAAGAAUCGUACCGGGCAUGGGUUCUGAAGCGGAGCCAAUUCUUGCCCGUCUCCAACCAGUUAAUCUAUCGGCCAUACGUGGGAUUUUUAUCUCAACUCUUAGAUUUGCCAUGUCAUCACCACCUUAUCUAAUGAAUGAUCUCAAGUCUUCGGCUCAAGAGCAGCUUGAAUACAUGGUAACUGAAGAUGAUGAUACCCCUCUUUUAAUUGCCGAUGAGGAUAUAAAAUCCGAGGUCAAAGAUUGUGUUGGGAGACUAUUUUCUAGAUUUAGCAAACUGUUAGAAGAGUUUUUAUGUGAGCCCGCAGAAUCAGUUGGUGAAGCCGGAACAAUGAUGUUAUUCAAGUCCUAUUUUGCCGACUUCUCAUGGGUUUGUCAGCUGUUGUCGAAGUUGGAAAUAAUGAGGGUAUUUGUUAAUAGUUGGGUGGAUGCAUCCGAUAAAAUACUGACGGUAAUGCAGUCAAGUCCCAUGGUUGAAAUGAUUGAGAUAAAGGUGAAGGUUGUCGAGGUUGUGGCCAAAGUUUUGGAAUCAAUCGGAUAUGGCACUGUUAUUUUGCCGACCUCUAAACGGCUUUACAUGUUGAAACUCUGGCUUCCCUUUGUGCAGAUUACCAAGCCUCUGAUUGAUUCUGUCAUGACUGGUGAUGAGGAGUCUUUGGCAUUUAAAAUAGAUGGUGAACUUUGGCAAUCAUUGGAGUCAACAUUUGUUUCCAUAAUUCUUGCAUUGCCAUCUGCAAACCAAGCCGAGAUUUUGACCGAGUGGUUAGAAAAUGAACAUAUACGGUAUCCGGAUCUAACCGAGGCGUUUGAGGUGUGGUGUUACAGGUCCAAGGUUGCUAACCGGAGGCUGGCAUUGUUAGGGGGCAGCCAUUGCGCACUUUGAACCUUUCUAUCAUUUUGUUUAGGCUAUGAUUCAGUAACCAUGCUCAUCAACCAUUAGAGUCAAACUUUUUCAUUUUUGUUCCGUAUAUAUCAGGCUACACUCGGAUAUACAGGGAAGUGUUCACUAAAUGGAGAGAUGUCGAAGUUAUCACCCUUGUCCCCCCUCUUUGUAUGGUUUGAAACUGAAAUGUCAGUGUUUGUAAAUCAUGUAAUAGUAGAUCCCAUUCUAUAAU